AUGGCUCCAGAGUCCAACCCCGCGAAAGGCGGAAGAAUGAUGUCGUUGUAUGCAAAUCUGCUAGACUCACCAGCCGAACCCACAGCUGGAACUAUCUCCCGCGCCCCCGUCGUCUUUAAGCAAAGCUCCGAGAACGAUGCGCAAACCGACGAGUCCGCUGCAAAGAAGCAGCAGCAACUCAAUGCUGCGUCUCUUCGAUUUCAACCUACCAAGCGACCGCAGCUUUCAGCUCAAAAACCCAAGCCCAAGCCAUCACUACCCAAAGCUACACUACCGCCUGGUACAGGCCAGGCCUCGGCUCCUACUGCGGCUCCAAUGAAGAGCACCUUAGCUGACUGGGCUGCUACGGAGGACGAUGACUUUGGGAACUACAUGGGCGAGAAACGACAACGAGGAGGGAGAAAAAAGCGAAAGAAGAACGACAAUAAUCGCGAAUCACACACGGCUCCGCAGAACUGGGAUGACAUCUAUGAUCCCUCGCGACCGAAUAACUACGAAGAAUACCGCCAUAGUGAUGAGAAGAUUAUCGAAGUUCGCGAAUGGAAGGAUCGCCUGUACGCGCAUAAGAUGAGACGCUCACCGAGCAUAGACUCUGAUAGCGAUGAUUAUGACCGGCCCAUGAAUCGCCAAUUUGCACCACCAAGUAGCUUCGCACCACCGCCAAAUCUAAACGCCGUACCACCCCCUCCUCCCGCUCCAGUCUCGGAAGAUGCAUCUGGAGAAGAUGCGUUUACUCGCCGCGCACUCAUGAGCCAGCCAAGCAAUGCCAAUGUAAAUAUGCAUGAUCCCGACACAUCAAUACCACCUCCCCCAUCAGACGAUAUUCCCCCGCCACCACCUUCACGCCCCCUCGACUCCUUCCAGCCUAGCUCUGCCACAAUAUCCCGCGCACCUGUUCGCUACACCCUCCCACCAGCCCCAGCAGAUAUACCAGCAUCCGAAGCAGAGCUUGAAGAGGUAUUUGCCAAAGAACAAGCCGGGGAGGGCGAGGGCGAUAUGGGGGAUGAAACCGGUGAAGAUACAUCGCGUUCCCUUCGCCCUGGGCAGAAAGGAUUUGCGGAGCGUUUACUAUCAAAGUACGGUUGGACCAAGGGAUCCGGACUUGGUGCUACGGGGUCAGGUAUCGCAAAGCCUUUACAGGUUAAAGUUGAGAAACGAAAGAAGCGGCCUGAUGCCGAGGGAGGAGGCUUUGUCACUCCUGCUGGGCUAGGCAAGAUCAUUGGAGGAAAGAGGAAGGGUGCAAAUGAUACUGGUAAAUUUGGACCCAUGAGCGAAGUGAUUAUUCUUCGUGGAAUGUUGGAUGGUAUGGAUCUCCAAGCCGAGUUGGAAAACGGCGAGGGUGGGGGUUUAAUGCAGGAGAUUGGAGAAGAAUGCUCUGAGAAGUACGGGAGUGUGGAACGAGUUUACAUUGCCCGCGAUGCGGGCACUCCGAUACCUGUCUUUGUCAAAUUUACAAGCCCCCUAUCUGCUCUCCGAGCCGUAAACGCUCUUGAAGGACGAGUAUUCAAUGGAAAUACCAUCACAGCACGAUUCUUUGAAACCGAAAAGUUCGAAGAGGGAAUCUACGUUGAUUAA